CGGAAUUUUUGUCGCCACAGUACUUUUCAAAAUAUUAAGAAAUGGCAGAAUUUUGCAUUAAAUCGUGAUAUUGCUUGGAAUCUUUAUUAAAUUUUCAGUCUUGGAUCAUUUAAUUUGAGCUAAAUCUAUCUAAACGUUUAGUCCGACGUAUAUCAAGCUACAAAUGAAGCGAAGAUUUAGCUCUGGUGCAGGUUCAAGCACUAUAAUAAUUACAAGUCCAACAGAUGGGCACACAAGUGCGGAAAGUGACAGUGGACAACACACCCUUCGCUUGAGCAAACGCUCAAAGCAGCCAGCUCUCAGCGAAGCACGGAAACUAUCGAAGGAUUUAGCGGACAGUCGUACAACAAAAGAAGUAUUGAAUAUAUUGUUAAGAUUUUUUAAACAAUUGCCUCUGGAGUCGGUGGAGGAAACUGAGUUUGCUGCAAAAGUUGUUGUAGAAAGAGCCAAUAAGGAAGAAGAUGUGGCGAACAGAGUUAAACUGUUUUCGAUUUUGGGCACAUUACUGAGGUACCCUGGUGUGAAUUUGAAAUAUAUUGUGGAAGAGGCCAUUAGAUGUAUGGGCAAGGAAGGUGAGUUAGGCCUUUGGAAUUGGAAUUAAGGUAUCAGUUCAGAUAUCGUCACCUAAAAUCAUUCUCAUUAUUUUUCACGAUUUGAAUUUGUCAAAUUUUGAGCUGAAAAUUUGAAUUUCGAUGGAAAAAAUCCAAGAACAUUCUGACGAUUCUUGGACUUUUUCCUAGCUUCUGAGCUAUCAGCUACGUCUUUGACUUCGUUUUGCCAUGGCUUCGCUAACUGUAUAAACAAAGUCAGUAUUUGCCAAAAAUUUCAACAGAAAGCCAUUUUUGAAACACUUGCUAUACAAUGUGAGCACCCGAAGCGCGUUUGACGCCAGCUGACAGCCGGAAAUUUUGUCUCCGAUUGCUCGGCUGCCAGCCGGGCGGUACUAUAGUAUACUAUUCGUUCAAAAAAUGCGCGCAUUUCGGAGACUGGUUCUAGAAUGUUUCAUAAGCAGAAAACCACUAAAAUUACAUUAAAUUUUCCGAAAAUCAUCGAAAUGCAUCUAAAUUCAUCUUCCCAAUGCAUAUAGCUAGCUAUGCGACAGGUAAAUAAACGAGAAAAAAAAAAUUUCGGCAAAGAGAAAAAUUCAAAUUCGAUUGCGCACACUCCGGGAUUGAACCCACGACCCUCAGCAUACACGCCGUGUGUUGUCCCCUUGCGCUACCACGUCUUACACGGAAAAUAUGUUAAUUAAUUGUAUAUACACAAGUUAUUCUUAGCCAGCGCGAUUUAUGAUUGCGUAAAUACGUACACCAUUGUACACGGCCAAGGGUACAGUAGCAGCUGAGCCGUAUCUACUCUUUAAUACAAUACUUAUAAUACAUCACGGCAUAGAUCACGGCUACCAGCCGGGGUUAUUUAACUGUAAUACAACUCUACAAUGCAAUACGACUUAUAUGAGUGUCAGCCGAGCCUGUCGGUAGUAUACUAUAGUAUACUACAAUACAUCACGGCUACCAGCUGGCAAUACGGCUAUCAGCCGGGCAUGUCUGUAGCAUACUAUAGUAUACUACAAAACAUCACGGCUACCAGCCGGGGUUAUUUAACUGUAAUAAAAUACUACAAUGCAAUACGAGUGUCAGCCGAGCCUGUCGGUAGUACACUAUAGUAUACUACAGACACGCCCGGCUGAUAGCCGUAUUGCCGGCUGGUACCCGCAAUACUACAGUACUAUAGUAUAGUAUACUACAGACACUGUAGUAUACUACAGUACACUAUAGUAUACUAUCGUAGUAUACUACAGUACACUAUAGUAUAGUAUAUUGUAUACUACAGACACGCCCGGCUGAUAGCCGUAUUGCCGACUGGUAGCUGUGAUGUAUUGUAGUAUACUAUUGUAUACUACCGGCAGGCUCGGCUGACACUUGUAUUGCAUUGUAGUAUUGUAUUACAGUUAAAUAACCCCGGCUGGAAGCCGUGACCUAUGCCGUAAUGUAUUGUAAGUAUUGUAUUAAAGUGUAGAUACGGCUCGGCUGCUACUGUACCCUUGGCCGUGUACGAUGGUGUACGUAUUUACGCAAUCUUUAAUCGCGCUGGAUAAAAAAACCUGUAUAUAUACAAUAAAUUAACAUAUUUUCCGUGUAAGACGUGGUGGCGAAGGGGAACAACACUCAGCGUGUAUGCUGAGGGUCGUGAGUUCAAGUCCGGAGUGCGCGCAAACGAAUUUGAAUUUUUUCUUUUUGCCGAAAUAUUUUUUUCUCGUUUAUUUACCUGUUGUAUAGCUAACUAUAUGCAUUGGGAAGAUGAAUUUAGAUGCAUUUCGAUGAGUUUCGGAAAAUUUAAUGUAAUUUUGGUGGUUUUCUGCUUAUGAAACAUUCUAGAACCAGCCUCUGAAAUGCGCGCAUUUUUUGAACGAAUAGUAUACUAUAUAUAGUACAGCCCGGCUGGCAGCCGAGCAAUCAGAGACAAAAUUUCCGGCUGUCAGCCGGCGUCAAACGUGCUAAUUGGGUGAUGUGAGAUGGAUGUAAUAUUGAAAUAAUGAAAAUGUCACGUGGCUGCCAAUAACACAUGCAGGCGGGUGACGGUAAACUGAUAUGUUAAUUCCAUUGGCCUUAUUAAUUCUAAUAAAAUAAAGGUGGCCGGUUAAUUCUGGCCAGAAUCCCUAUUUUUCUGCUUCUGGCCAGAACUGAUAAAAAACCAGAACCAUGUCUUAAUUUGAAAAAUGAAUUAGGGAUGCACUGGAACUCAGUCCCAGCUGGUUAGUUUCCGGCCAGAACCCUGUCUUUUUAGAGUUCCGGCCAGAACUGAUGAAAAAAAUAUGGCUGGAACCGGAACUUUGUCUUAUUGGGGUAGGAAAUUAUUUUUUUACUGAUGAACAUCAACCAAGUAUUUCAACGGAUGGUGUUGCUGACAUGCAGACUAAAUAAGAAACAAAAACCAACCAUAUCUAGACGCUAGGCUGUUGCUGUAUUUGAAAAACAACGAUAAAAAAUAUCGAUAUUUUUCGCAAUUGGAUUUUAUGCAAAAUUUGCUCGAUUUCAUGCAAAAUUUUCUGUUUUCAACGACGCCAAAAAGCUGUGAUAUAACACGAGAAGUGUCCGCUUUGGGAAUUGAAAGUGCGUAUAUUUGCAUCCACACUCUGAGUGAAUCGUGUGUUAUAUUUUUGGCCAGGAAAUUUUUGUUUCAAAACGUGCUGUUCAACUGCAAAUUCGAAACAUGCAAAGAUUGUCAUAUCUCACCUGAUAAUAGACCGAGAAAUGUCGAUAUUCUGAUAUAUCGAAAAUUUCAAUAUUGAGUAAUCGGUAUUUAAAAAAAGAUAAUUAUUGGAAUAUCGAUAUACCGCAACAGCCUACUAGACGCCAUGUUCAAAUGACUAAACAUGCAAUGUAACAAUGGUAUGACGGUCAGUGUUUAUUGGCACAAUUUAUACUAAAGACAGAUAUCUGUCUGGACAAACUUAAACAGGGACAAACAGACGGAUCAUCCCUGCCAAAGAGACAUAAAACCCCUGCACCCCCAGAAAAUCCGGCCAUGUGUCGUCAGUUACCUUUGUGUUAGCAUGACAACAGCUUCGAAAUACUUCAUGUUUGGAAAAUAUACAGUAGGCUACAAGUAUAUGGGUUUUGGCAUUCAUGUAUUUCUAGUAUCCUUGUAAAUUGUACAAUGAUAUACAAUAAUUCACAAUGUAUGCAGUUCUUGAAGGUUUAUGUAUGAAAAUAAUUGCAAACACUGCAAUUUUGUGUUUAUUGGAAAAUGUAAGAAUAAAGUACACUUAAAUAAUGACGUUCAGUCCAGCUGCUCUUGGUUUGAAACAUAAACAUGCAGUAUGAUAACUCUACCUGGAUGAAGUGAUUUGCAAGAGUGUAAUUUGCAUAACAUUGCAUUUAACUCCGCUCUGGUCAACGUUAAGAAUUACAAUACAUACUCCGAAUCAAACCAUCACAAUUCACGGCGCACUAAAGUCAAGGUUUGAGUAAUCAAGAAAGCAUGUAGGAUGUGCAUUAUCUUGCUUUCUUGUUUAUUAAUACUCAAAUCUUUAAACUAAGCACAACACAAUUUAAUAUGUCAACAAAAUAGGCUGGUUUCCUUCCUUUGCAUUAUAAACUGUAUCUUUGUAUUCGUAUUACAGAAUCUCACAAUGUUGUUGCCGAAAUACUCAAUACUCUUGGAAUCAUUGGAAAAUUCCUACCUUCAGAGGUACAUAGUAGCCUGUUUAAUCCAUUGAGUGGCAGCACUCUCCACUUGACGAGUAAAAUCGUCUGCGUUAGACAGAGUAAAAUACUCUGGCUUUGGACAGAGUAAAAUAUUAAAGUGAGGUGCAUCGGGGUGCAUUGCCACUUAAAAGGUUAACGUUUUCAUAAUAAUUAAUUUUGUUACCUUUUUGUCUUUAUGUGCAUGGCUGGCUUAAAAGAGUUUUUGCAUAAUUUAAAAGAUUUUUUUUAAUUUUUAGGUUGAACUUCAUGGAAGGAUUCUUGAUCUGGCUAAAGAGGUAUAUCACAAUCACAAUACUCGAUUACUUGUAGCCAUAUGUAAUAAAUAUAGUUUAAAAAAAUUUCGGCAUUGAUUGGAACAUCAUUAUUUGUUGCAUGAUGCCAAAGACUAUAAAAGUGCGUUGUAAAACAACAUGACAGGCUGUCAAUUAUUUAAGAAGGCUUCUUUUUAUUGUUAUUGACUUCAAUGACACUCCCCUGAAGGGGGUUUUCAGUGACAAAAUUACAACAUAUAAAUUACUAUAUUAUUAUUACAUUAAAUUCUAGUGAAUAAUUUAUAUUAAAACAAAAUUACGUACGUACAAUAACAGCAAUAACCCUGACAACAACAGCUACACCUACAGGGGACGGUUGUUCAAAGGUGGGUUAGUGCCAACCCUGGUUAAAAUUUAACCCGCCGUUUUAGUUUCAACUUUGUGUAGUUCUGCAUGCACGUCUGUUUAUCUCUAAACGUCAGAGAAGUGAAUUCCUAUCGAUUCAGACAAGAUCUCUGAAGAAACAUUUCCAAAUUUAUAGACAAGCUGUCAGGAAGUUUGCUUCGAAUUUUAAGUUUUAAAACCUGAAGGUUAGGCUAAUCGACUUUUGAACAACCAGCCCCAGAUGAAUAAAGUUGUGCACUUAGUUAAUAUCUAGAUAUUGUUGAAGUAGUUUGUGUUUUAGUUUUAUUUUAAAGUUCGGGAAAGAGUUGGCGCAUAGUUUUAGAUCAGGAUUAAUGUUAUUCCAGAGAGUGAUACAGUAGAUCUGUAGUGGAAAGUUCUUUGUCCAGCAGCGGUUUUGUACACGCGUAGAGGAACAUCCAAUUUUUUCACUUUUUCCAUAAAGGUGGAAAUCUUGGUAACGUUUUUGAGAGGAAUUUCAGAUUCCAAAUUUGAGCUAAGUUGCUUGAAAACAUUUCUCAAUUUCGUUUCAUGUGAAUAACGCACGACUUUCAAAGUUUUUGUAAAAAAAGGCUACAGUGCAUGUACGUGCUACCCUCGCACAUGUUUGGAUGCGUACCUACUCCGUAUACUGUUGUCAACUAAAGAUCAUAAACAACUACAUGCAGUAACAACACCGGUGCACCGGCCAAACCCUACAACACAUGAUAUACAAUUAUUAAGUAAGAGAUACCGAUAAUAUUAUAAGUAUUAUAAGAUCAAGGAAUAUCAUAUUUUACAUUUUGGCAAACGAGCAGUGAAAAGCUGUUUGAAAACCGAGGCGUAUAAGCCAGAAUUUUUAAAACAACACGUGUUUUUCUAAGUUCUGUGAAGUGAAAAAAUAUCAAAUAAUCCAGUUUUGCAAAUUGAACGUUGCACGAUGAUUACGAACACCUAAAGCAACUUGAAAAGCGAUACAUCAAGGCUGGUUUACACGAUCAAAAUUUGUUGUGAUCACAGUAGAGAUUUGCAUACAGGUAGUUAUGAUAAAUUCUAUGUUUUGAAGGAUUUGUAAGAAAUAUGUUUGUCUUGUAACAAGUCUCGUAAUCUGUCCUGUCAAAUAUCGUGUUGUUAUUAGAUUUGUGUUGUUGUAUAGUAUUAGCAUAGUUCCGCUGUAAUUGGUGAAAACUGUUGCGUGCACCCUGCCAAUGGAACACAUAUUAUAUGUUGUUGUAAAUCAGUGUACUGUUACAAAUGUUGCAUGUUACUUGGCAAAGUUAAAUAAAUAAACUUUUUAAGGAACUGACUCAGAGCUGAGUUAAACAAAGAGUGAAUUCCCUCAAAAAUUUCUUACAAAUCUUUAAAACUUAGAACUUACCGAAUAUUCAAUAUUUCUAACUGUGAUCACAGAAACUUUGUUACUGUAUAAACCAGCCCUAAGCCUCAGAACUUUUGAAACCAUAUUAUCAGAAAACAGCAUACAUAAUUCAUGGAGUUAUCCCCAUUACUGGCAUUAGAUCAAAACGAACGUACGAUGUUGAUUGAUUCCUUUAUGUUUUGCUAACUAUUGAAAAUUAUCUUUAAUCUAAACUAUGUAGCACUUGCAAAAUUCUAAUCACUUGGUACGUUGUCGUUGUCUAAAUAUUAUCGCCACGAUGGAUAAUCAAGUGAAUGUAAGUGAUGGCAACAGACCUGCGCUAUCACUGGGAACUCUGCAACAGUUCACAUCUGAUCAAGAUCCUCGUGUCAGGACUGCGGCAUUGGAGGCCUUGGUAAGU